AUGACUGAGCCAGCCGACGACGUUCUCGAUCUAUUUCGUGCCCUGCAUGGGCUGCAUACAGCUUAUUACUACAGCUCUCACGAGCCAGUCGCGAAUCGCGCCGUUGUGCGCCUAAGACAAGCCCUGGAGCAGGUUGUUGGGCUUGCAAUUGUUCAUGUUUUAGAUGAGAUGCAAAGUGGCCUUGCGGACCCACAAGUGCAACAGGUUGGCGUGAGCUUCCUGAAAGCAGUUGUAGCAGAUUCCAAAGGAACCACCAAGAAUAUCAUCCAACGAGCUGGCGUCGAGCAAGUGCUGGUUCGGAGCAUGACUUCACAUCCUUGCACAGAGAACUUGCUGACAGAGGCGUUGGCGGUACUGGAUGAACUUCAUGGAAUGGCAGCGCUGCUCCAAGCCCUUGAGCACCUGAGACCCAGUGCACCAGGCACGAGAGCAGCUCUGCAAACUCUACGGAUCACGGCGAGCAAACGUUGGCAAGAGGUGGAGCAAUGCCCACCGGUACCCCUCACCCGUGUAAUCAUUGAUGCACUCCAGGCACAUCCCACGGAAACUGACCUGUUGAUCCUGGGCAUGCAGCUGCUUGGAGACCUAGCUGCCCUUCCAGAGUUGCGUGUGGCUUUCUUCCAGCUUAACGGCUGGGACUGGCUCUUGCAAGUCCUCGAGUCGCAACCUUCCAAAGAUAGUUGGGAAGGCUUACAGCUGCAGCAAGAGGGGGUUCGUUUGAUUGCUCAGCUCUGCAGAGGGGGCGCGUCGGGGGAAGUCCACAGCCGUCGGGUUGAGGCCAUCUUGGAGCAAGUGUUGCAAAGGUCCCAGAAUGACGGGCGUGUCCUGUACUGGGGCCUUUGGGCUGUACAGCAACUCCAUGGCUUCGGAUCCUUACUCGGAACACUCCGAGCCCACUCCAACCCCGACGUGGUGAAGCAGACUCUGAGGUCUUUGAGCGAUUUGGCUUGGGGUCAGGGGGACGAGGCGGAGUCUGCGGAGGCGCAGCAUGCCAUGCAGGUCCUUCAGAACGUCAUCGAGGCCAUGCGAAGCUUCGCUGGUGACACGGAGGUUCUCCGAGAGGCUGCCUUCGUGCUUGCCCGCACAGCUGCCUUUGCCACUCAGCACGAGGGUAUCGCACCUCUGCGCGAGGCUGCCCUUGUUGCUGCAUCCGCGCUCAUCGAGCUGCUCCAAGCCAAGGGUGGCGAUAGUGGCCUGCUACAAUCAGUUCUGGAGGCUAUUGGGGAGUUCUUGGAGAUGUCACAGGGGCUCCAGUCUGUGGUGCGGGCCAGGAUCUGCGAGGGCCUUUCUGCAGCAAGCGGUUCCGGCGCUGGAACAAGUUUGUUGUCAAAGGUCAGUGCCGAGCACGAGUCCAACUCCCGCCUACAGGGGGUGGUGAUGUGGGUGGCUGGCCUCUCCCAUGGUGUGGCUGCCAUUGUGACAGAGAUGCAGUGCAACCAGAAGUCAUUCUCUGUGCAGAUUGCGGCCCUGAGAGCCCUCACCGCUAUUUACAGCCAGCAAAUCGACCAAGAGGCCCAAGAUGCCAACAUGGUCGCCAGAACGGCCUGCAUCCGAGUGGCCCGGGACUCGGGGGCCUGCGCUGAGGGACACAAGGACUACUUUACAGUCAUCGACCAUGUCAUCUCACAUUACUUGUUGCUGUUUCAGUAG